UUGGCUCGCAGAGCGCAGACGGCGCAGGGAGCACACAUCGCCAGUCUGUGCGCAGAGCCUGAGCCAGAAGCCGCGGGGACACCAUGCACGCCCCCAUCUGAAGCAACACCUCAAAGCCGAAGCUCCGGGCAGCCCGGCGGAUUUCAGGGAGCUCAGACUCAGAGGAACUCCUGAGGAGAGACCCCUCGAAACCUCUCCAGGACAGUCCUCACCGGACUCUCUGCCACUGCAGACAGGAGCGCACAGUGGCCCCGGCUCGCCGCGCCAUGGAGCGGAUACCCAGCGCGCAGCCGCCCCCCGCUUGCCUGCCCAAAGCACCAGGACUGGAGCCUGGAGACCUACCAGGGAUGGAUUUUGCCCACAUGUAUCAAGUGUACAAGUCGAGGCGGGGAAUAAAGCGGAGCGAGGACAGCAAGGAGACUUACAAACUGCCGCACCGGCUCAUCGAGAAAAAGAGACGUGACCGGAUUAACGAGUGCAUCGCCCAGCUGAAGGAUCUCCUCCCCGAACAUCUCAAACUUACAACUUUGGGUCACUUGGAAAAAGCAGUGGUUCUUGAACUUACCUUGAAGCAUGUGAAAGCACUAACGAACCUAAUUGAUCAGCAACAACAGAAAAUCAUUGCCCUGCAGAGCGGUUUGCAAGCUGGUGAUCUGUCGGGGAGAAAUGUCGAAGCAGGUCAAGAGAUGUUCUGCUCAGGUUUCCAGACCUGUGCCCGGGAGGUGCUUCAGUACUUGGCCAAGCAUGAGAAUACUCGGGACCUGAAAUCUUCACAGCUGGUUACCCACCUCCACCGCGUGGUCUCCGAGCUCCUGCAAGGUGGUACCUCCAGGAAGCCAGCAGACCCAGCUCCCAAAGUGAUGGACUUCAAGGAGAAACCCAACUCCCUGGCCAAAGGCUCUGAAGGCCCAGGCAAAAACUGUGUGCCAGUCAUCCAGCGGACUUUCCCUCACUCAAGUGGUGAGCAGAGUGGCAGUGACACAGACACAGACAGUGGCUACGGAGGAGAAUCAGAGAAGAGCGAGCUGCGGGUCGAGCAGCCAUACUUCAAAAGUGAUCAUGGACGCAGGUUCACCAUGGGAGAAAGGAUCAGUGCUAUUAAGCAAGAAUCCGAAGAACCCCCCACGAAAAAGAGCAGGAUGCAACUCUCAGAUGAUGAAGGCCAUUUCACUAGCAGUGACCUGAUCAGCUCCCCAUUCCUGGGCCCACACCCACACCAGCCUCCUUUUUGCCUGCCCUUUUAUCUGAUCCCACCAUCAGCAACUGCCUACUUGCCUAUGCUGGAGAAGUGCUGGUAUCCCACCUCCGUCCCAGUGUUAUACCCAGGCCUCAACGCCUCUGCUGCAGCCCUCACCAGCUUCAUGAACCCAGACAAGAUCACAGCCCCCUUGCUCAUGCCCCAGAGACUCCCUUCUCCCUUGCCACCCCACCCGGCCAUCGACUCUUCUGCCCUGCUCCAAGCUCUGAAGCAGAUCCCCCCUUUAAACUUAGAAACCAAAGACUAAACUAUUUAGGGGGUACUGCUGUUGUGCUUUCCUUCCACCCUACUUCCCCCAAAAAAACCCCCAUAAAAACAGUGUCUGUGAGUACAGCAA